GCAUGUUCCAGAGGAUGCCAGGAUGACUUCAGUUAUUGAAUGACUGCUAUCUGAUGGAUGGGGAGAAAAAGGAGGAGUAAACCUUUCAAUCUGCACUCAGCUGAAACACAGAAAACCAGUUCACAGGUGCAUGUGACAGCAUUGCAGCGAUGAGUGGAAUUUUAAAGAGGAAGUUUGAAGAAGUUAAUGGCACCUCGCCUUGCUCCUGUGUGUGGGAUUCAGAUGAUGACAUUUCUAGCAGUGAAAGCGCUGACAGCGGAAGCAAUGUCCACCCAUCAGCUUCUAAUCAUUUUAUCCGUGCAUGUGACAGCAUUGCAGCAAUGAGUGGGAUUUUGAAGAGGAAGUUUGAAGAAGUUGAUGGCUCCUCACCUUGCUCCUCUGUACGGGAAUCAGAUGAUGACAUUUCUAGCAGUGAAAGCGCUGACAGUGGUGAUAGUGUCAAUCCAUCCACUUCUAAUCAUUUUACCCCUUCUUCGAUCCUGAAGAGAGAGAAGCGGAAGAGGACAAAAAAUGUCCAUUUUAACUGUGUUACUGUGUAUUACUUCACGAGAAGGCAAGGCUUCACCAGUGUUCCCAGCCAAGGGGGAAGCACGCUGGGAAUGUCCACUCGCCACAACAGUGUGCGCCAGUACACGCUUGGAGAGUUUGCGAUGGAGCAGGAGAGGCUUCACCGGGAGAUGCUGCGAGAGCACCUGAGGGAAGAAAAACUCAAUUCUCUAAAAUUAAAGAUGACAAAGAAUGGUACAGUGGAAUCUGAAGAGGCUAAUACAUUGACACUGGAUGACAUUUCUGACGAUGAUAUUGAUCUGGACAACACAGAAGUAGACGAGUAUUUCUUUCUACAACCCCUGCCAACAAAAAAACGAAGGGCACUGCUGCGAGCUUCUGGAGUGAAGAAGAUUGAUGUGGAAGAAAAACAUGAGCUGCGGGCCAUCCGGCUGUCCAGAGAGGAUUGCGGCUGCGACUGCCGUGUGUUUUGUGAUCCAGAAACUUGCACUUGCAGUCUUGCAGGCAUAAAGUGUCAGGUGGAUCGUAUGUCUUUUCCAUGCGGUUGCACUAAAGAAGGGUGUAGCAAUACAGCAGGUAGAAUUGAAUUUAAUCCUAUCCGUGUACGGACUCACUUUUUGCACACAAUAAUGAAACUUGAAUUGGAGAAAAAUAGAGAACAGCAAGUUCCGUCACUAAAUGGCUGCCACAGUGAGAUAAGUGCACAUACUAGUUCUAUGAGUCCGGGACCCCAUCCGGUUGAAUAUUCAAUUGCAGAAAAUUUUGAGAUUGAAACUGAACCUCAGGCUGCAGUUAUGCAUUCUCAGUCAGCCGAGGACUUGGACUGCCCUGGGGAAGAGGAGGAAGAGGAAGAUGGGAGUAGCUUUUGUAGCGGAGUUACUGAUUCUAGCACUCAGAGUUUAGCCCCUAGUGAAUCAGAUGAUGACGAAGAGGAAGAGGAAGAUGAGGAAGAUGAUGAGGAAGAAAAAGCAGAUGACUUUGUAGAAAGUAUGAGUUCCCAUGCUGAUAUGGUGCCUCUUCCUUCUGUCCUUUGCUACUCUGAUGGAACUGCUGUGCAUGAAAACCACUCUAAAAAUGCCUCAUACUAUACUAACUCUUCAAAUCUGUAUUACCAAAUAGAGAACCAUGUUGCUGGCACUGCUAACCAGAUUGGUGAGACUUACUCAGAAAGGGAUGCUGUCAAGAAUGGCAGCCUUCCUCUGGUGCCUUACAGCAUGACUUCCGAACAGUUUGUUGACUAUACGCGGCAAUCAGAGGAAACUUUUAGCAGCCCUCAUUACCCUUCUGCAAAUCCCUCAGUGAUUGUUUGCUGCUCAUCUUCUGAAGGUGACAGCAGUGCUCCAUGUAACAGUAUAUACACUGAGCAUAGGCCAAGUCAUCCUCAAGUGGAAUUUCACUCAUUCUUGAAAGGUCCUUCUCAAGAUGGAUUUGUUUCAGCUUUGAACGGCGAGAGUCGUGUACAAGAGCGCCCUGCUGAGAAUUCACUAGUCCUCUCAGAAAAGAGUAGACUGCACGAAGAGUGCAUCAAAUCACCAGUGGUAGAAACAGUACCUGUUUAAUAUUAAAAUUAUUCUAAGACUGACUUCCUGUAUUAAAAUGCACUCAAAUUGGAUUUCCUAGAAUCUUAAUAUUUUUUUUUAAGAGGUAGACAACACUUCGGCUAUAGUCAAUGUUCCAGACACACGUUCAAGCUACAUUGCCAGAGGCACUGCACAGCAUCAGUUCGUGUAAAGAUUAAAAAAGCAGACCAACGUCAGACUGUCUUUUGAUAAAAGUUAAGCACGUAAGUAAAAAACCCCACACCUAACAUAUUUCAAAGUAGCCUACCUGUCAAAUAUGUGAAACCUGCCAAGCUAUCUGAAUCAAAGCUUCAAGUUUUUGAUUGUCGGGCCUGUGCAAGAUUGUUAAAAAUGAUAGUUUGAAAUAAUCAUGUUUAAAGUCCUAAUUUUCAACGUACCUGAAAAAAAGAACAUAAUUUUAAUGUAAAAGUAAUUACUGUAAAAAAAGUUUUAAUUGUUCUGUACUGUAUGUAUUUUAUUUAUGGUAGUUUAGUAUUCAUGUUUUGAUAAAAAGGAACAGCAUGUUCAUUUGAACAGACGAUCCAUAGCUAGUAAGAAAGAGCAUGACCAGUUUUCAUCUGGAGUACCAUGUAUUUUUUAAUUUAUCAGAAAGAAAUGGUAUUUAACUUAACUUAAAAUGCAUUUCUAGAGUACUAUUUUCUCUUUUUACUGUUCUUGACCAACAGAAGAGUCAGACGGGGAGGCAGGUGCAUCUUUUAGAAAGGUGAAAAGUAGACAAUCCUCCAUCAAAAUUAAAAUCAGCGGUAUUUCCAGAACUAGAACCCCUUCCCAAAGAAAAACCAUCUUGUAUAUUAAUGGCAAAGCAGUAGUUUGAACUUGCGCAGCACCUUUUAGCCCAGCAAACAUUCAGAUACUUACUUAUGCACUUUAGUGCCAUUUUGCAGUUAUGUUUCAACUGCAGAAACUGUGAACUAUUUUGGAGAAAUGCCAUAGCUCCAGACUCUGAGGUGUAUGUAAGAUCUUAAAGUCCAUUGUAGCAAAACUUGGACAUUUUCCCAAGCCAGUAUAUGUAUAAGUCAGUCAGUAGAUACUUUAAAAAAAAAUUAAAUUAAAUUAAAAAAAACCUGCAGCAACAAAAUACAGCUAACAAGCAAAAGAGACUUGUUGAUCACAGUUUAACCGAAGCAUGGAAAGUCAUGUGGAUGGGUCUAGGUUUUCCUAUUUAGCAGUUUUUAUGAGAUACAAAGGUUUUUGUGGACUGCACACUGUCACUUGAAUCACUUGAUCUAAUUAAGGAUCAGUAUAGUCCAUGACAAAACACAUCUACAGAGAUUUUACAUCUGCUAAAGUCUGCAAGCAGAAUAGCACAUACACCAUAUGGAUAUCCAUUCCUUUGUACUCCAUUUAUUCUAAAAUUAAAUAGAAAUUCAGUUUCUUCAAGAAAAGCAAAUGUACGGUAGCAUGCUUAUCUGUACACUGGUAAUUCUCUACAGACUUUGAUCUCAGAAGCUAUUUUAAUGUUAUUCUAAUAAUGAAAUGUCAUCAUACAUCAAGUAUAGUUGCAGUGAAGACCUCUUUGCCAAAAUAAGGAUCAGCAUUUUAUUUUUCACCUGUCAAAUCUUGAUGGCAUAAGUUCGAGCUCUGUGACAGUGGCUCUUCUGGUUAGAAGCUCCUUACGGCAUCACAUAUAGUACUGCAGGAGAAAAAUUCCCAGAUUUAAAACAUGCUUUUUAAAAAAGGAAUUUAAUUAUUUUACUGGGACCUGGGCAUCUCAUUUACCAAGGUCAGCAUUUUCUAAUUUUCUAUGCUAAAUCAACAAAAUAUCUUUACUCCAUGGAAAGGUUUUUUAUUUGUUUUUUUUUUUUCACAAGUCCUAUGCAUUGUUUUAUCUUUCACAAACUGCAUCAGAAAAUCCUACUUCUCCUGGGACUGGAUAUUCCAUAGUUACUGCAUACUCUGUGUACUGGAAAAGUGCAGUCAUGUUGAUUAACUGCCUCAGCAGUUCUUAGGCCCUGCUGCUCUUAGUCACUCUAAUCUCUUUCUGUACAAGCUGAGUAGCCAGGUAAACGCACAUGUUCUCCACUUCCGUAUAGCAAAUACCCAUCUUUCAAGAGAAACACCUUAGUUCAUAAAGGUUCUGCAUGAUAAAAUGAUAGUAGUAUUACUCUGUCCAGAUGUUUUACAGCAAGUGUUACAAGUCUCUGUAUACAAGGAUCUUGCAUGAACAGCAGGCUAAAAUCAGGCAAUCUCACAACACCAGCACCAAAAGCACAACUUCCUUCCUGAGCUGGGAGAACAAUUGUGAAUCAGUAGCAGCAUUUUAAGUUCAGCAUGAUGGCUCCUGGAGCAUCAUGCACACUUUACCAGGGUAUUACUCUCAGGGGAAAGUUAAACAAAGUAUUUUUUUUGUUUCAUUAUUCACCCCCUUGCUGAGCAAUAAGAGAUUAUUUUCUUGGCCCCUAUACUUCCAAAUGAAAAAUAUCUUUAAUAACAUUAGCAAGCACAGUAAGCGAUUAACACAAUAAAACUUUGCUUUAAAAUACUGAGAGAAUAGUUACUCUGUAUUUCUCUUGGCACUGGUGUCAGAGCCCAGGCCUCCUCGAUGAAUUUCUGAGUACUUAAAUGUAUUACCAUACACUUAGAUGCACGUGCUGUGGGGGCAUGGGGUGAACACAGCUGAAUUCUCAAAAGUGUACAGCAAAGGGUAAGAAGGAGCUUAGAGCCAGGAUAAAGGCAGUAAUCAGUAGGCCAAGGAACGUUUGCUAUAGUAUUUGCCCUUGCUUAACAGUAGCUAAUUCUGUAGCCCUGCCCAGAACAGAUAGAUAGAUACUCUCAUUUAUAGUUUAUAAAUCCUGAGUUAGCUGUAGAAAUCAGCUCAGUGUCAAGAUUCCUACUUCUUGAUCAAAUGUUUUCAUGUUUUGCUUAGAAGACUGAAGAAAUCUUCACAGAAGCAAAAAUAAACUUAAAUCGUGGGCUGAAGAAUGUUUUAUAUUCUGGGCUAAUGCAUACAUACGAUGCAUCCCGUUUCCCAGCUAGUUAAUACUGGUAAACAGUCAUAUCAUUUGGGGCAAGCUUAUUUCUAUGUGCUAAAAGUAUUAUAUUAUUAAAUGAUAAAUGGCAGUAUUUGCUUCUGUAUAGAUACGGCUCAUCAUCUUUGGAAAAGUUUACUUUACUGAUGGCUGUAUCAGCUUUUUCUCCUAACGAAUUUUGCUACUGAUAAGCACUCGAAAGAAGUCAGAUAAUGAACUGGCAGAUAAUUUACGAUCGUGUGAUGUAGUUCAGAAAAAUACAUAAUGACAAAAGCAAUUCCCCCUCUGUUCAAAUUGAAUUUUCACACAGGAAAUCAAUAGAACAACACAUAAAAUGGAACGCCUUUUUGCUCCUAAGGUGAACUUUGCCUCUCUUGGAAAAAAGCAAUGUUAGAGUAAGAAAGUUUUAACUCUGUGAAGUUUUACUAUCUUACAUUUACGUAAAUUGUUGCUAAUGAAUCCCCUGAGUAGACAUUUCUGUCUUUUAAGGCCACUGCUUUCCAUCACUUGCUGUAAAUGCGGUUCAGCCCACUCACCUCCUCUCUAACUGAUGAGUUAACAGUGUUAACAAUGCUAUCUUGCAUUUUCAUAAGUCAUACAGACAAUGCAGGUAAUACUCAUGAUGUUGUUACCCACUAGAUUGCUAAUAAAUCCAGAUCCAGCUCCUAAUCUUACUUGAGCACUGCAUUUCAGUAAAUGUGCUAUUAAAUCAAUCAUGUAGAUAUUUCCUGCCCCACAGCCAAUUUAGAGGAUGUCUUCACUAAAGACAAAUAGUUUCUUAAAAAUUGAGAACCUACGUUUAUAUACAAAACAUGGUAUGUUUUUGAAUAUUUCAGAUGUUCAUGAUACUUUGAUAGAAAUGUGCAACACCGGACAGAGUACUGGGCUAAUACAAAGGAGACCUGGGUACCUUUGGCUUUGCCUUUGUCCUGCUCUGUUACUUGGAAGUGACACCACGACUCUGGUUUGUGAGGUACUUGGAGACGCUGUGAUUAAAAUAUUUCAAGACAACAUCCUGAAUAACCUUUCCCAAUAAAUUCCAGUUCAGCUCAGAAGUACAAAUUUCAUCACUAACGUGAGAUACAACACAAUCAAGGUCAUCUUUUAUGGACAACAUGAAUAAGCAAACAUAGAAAAAUAAAUUCUACAGUGAAAAUUGUGAAAAUUAGAAAAAAAGCUUGAUUUACUUGUUGAGCAGCUGCAGUUGAGGAGCAAGAUUUUAGUUUGCCAAUGACAGCAGCAACAGGCAGUCUUAUUCCCAUGCUUAUCUUCUUUUGCUAGUUGAGUUCUGUCAGUUGAAACUCCUUGCCAGGGCCGUUCCAAUGGCAACGCAGGUACCCUCACUCUGAGCUAAAGCAAGAGAGGCAGUUGGAGCCGCAAUAAAGUUUUAAAGGCAUCUGCUAAACAAUAAACUCCAGUGUUUCAACUCAGGAGUUACCUGAACUCAAGCACUUUGUACAAGUCUAUUUUCCUGAGGCAGUCAGGAAAAGGCACAGAAGAACAAUACUGGAAAUCCUCUGGUGUUUAGGGGUGUUACGCUUUCCUACUGGGGCUAAAGACUGAUUUUAUCACCUACUUCACCACAGUCACAAAGCCUUGCUAGUGGCUGGCAUCAAGAAUUUUGCUUAUUUCAUAAAUCAGAUGUUCUUAUUAUAUCUCCAUGUUUUGCAGUCUUCUCAUUUUUGUUCCUUUCUUCCUCCCUGAAUUUUAGUGUCUAGGAAAAAGUCUGUUUUAUGGUAAGGCUUUUCAUCAAAAACAACUUCAUGUGAGUCUAAGUGCAACAUUAGUGUCCUCAUGUCCUCUACACUAACACUUACCCAGGAAGAAGAGUUGAUUUUAUUUUUCACUUAACGUCAACAUGCAGACAAAUUGGAACCGUAGUGAAAAGAUGUCAUCCCCCUCACUGGCUCUGAAUAAACAGUAAUCAGGAAUGGACCCCAUAGGGUCUCCCUACAGGCCCUCCAUUGUCAUACACUCAAACAAACAGGAAGGAAACCUACCCCGUGGACAGCAGACGUGGAAGGGGAUUCUCCUAUGUAGAUCUAUGUAGAAGCCUGUAGAUCCAGUGUGAUAUGGCACAGCCAGUAUGCAGAAGGUCUCUGCCUGGAGAAUCAUUUUUGCUAUUCUCUGUGUUAUUCUCAGUCAAGAAGAUGAUAAUCCUUCACUCAGGGUUAGCACAACUCCAUUUACUAACUUAUUAAAUCAUUGUCAUUUGAAUCUUAGUUGUUACACUUCCGUUUUCUUGAGGUAUUUUGUGAAUUUCAAGAAGAGUAGAACUAAGUCAAAUAAAUGUGACUUACCUGUAGUUCAUCUCUAACUGUGCCCAUUUGCAACAAGCCAUGAAGACUGGAUUAGCUUGUCUUUACUGGCAAGAAGAAUGGUGGAACGUACAAAUUAAGAGCGCUGUUCUAUGAUGAGCACCAAGAUAACCCAUUGUCUUGAGGCAUGAGCAGACACACCCUGGGGUAAGUGAGGGGAAGACAGAAAGGUCAAUUUAGAGGCAAAGAGGAAGAAGGUAAGAGAUACGCUGAUAAGUACUUUUUUUUUUUUUUUCCUAAAGGGCAAAAGAAAACCAGAUAUAGGAGAAAAAAAUACAGAGCAUAGGAAAUGAAGAUAUCCCCAGAGCAAGGAUGAGAAAGCAUAUGCCUGUGCAGUACGUUUGGUCAUGUUAGCUCAUAAAAUGAAUUCUGUUGCUUGUAAUGUUUUAAAACCAGCAUGAACUUCCUGCAGAGAAGAAAUGUUGAUUUGCAACAGCAGUCGUAUGUGGGCAAACAUUACAUAAAAGACUUAUCCAAAAGCAUGGGGUAAAAACAACACAGAAAAGUAAAAUCCUUGAAGCAACACUACCAUGUCUUUUCUUUGCAUAUAUCAACCACCAGGUCAUUCUCAAUAUCGUUUAGUUUACUCCCAGGCCUGUGCUCUAGUAUAACGUCAGAUAACAACAGACACUAAAAGCAAAAAGGAAAUAGGUGUCCUUUCUAUUAGCAUUUUAGCUUGGGGGUUUUUAAUGAGAUUAGUACAUUAUGGCAGCUAAUUCUUCUAGCUUUCUAUACUUGAAACCUUUUUAAAACGUGUUUCUUUACUUAAAAAUGAAAUUCAAGGUUUGAAUUAAUUACAGGCAAAGGUCACCCUUGCUGGGAUACUGGGAUAAAGCAGCCACCCAUUUAGGAGUUUCUGAUAGGUGUGCUCAGCAUAGGGUUUAGCUUCUUGAAAAGAUGGCAGCAUUAUGUGCACUGGCAGCUAGUUCUCUUAAAAAAACAACAACCACAAGGCAGCAUGCUAUUUUUCUAAAGAACAUACAUUCUAAAACAUUCUAUUUCUACAGCGAAUACCACGACAUGAGCUUUCACAUAACAAUGCCCACAUAAAUGAUGCUUAACAACGGGGUCCUUCUUUUAAUUGACUGAUGUAGGCACUUCUAUGGAAAUAUGUCUGAAGUGUAGUUUGUAAAACAUGUUUUUAAAAGUGUUUGAUGUAAAAUAAGCGCUAGACAUUUAACGGUGCAAAAAUAGUCAAAAUCUGUAGGUUACAAAUUCUUUCCUGGGAGCCUCAGCCUGUAAUAGUGUCUUAGUAAAGUCCAUCUUUGAAGUUAAACUGCAUUCUGGUGUAAUAACCUUCUGCAAAUAAAAUGAAUACAGAUGUACUGGUUAAUAACAUGAAACACUGCAGUUUGUUAUUUUGAUUUUCCACUUGCAGGUAGCAGUUAGAAAUUAUGUAAAGAAUAUAUAUGUAAAUACGCAUACACAUACACACACACAUAUAUAUAUAAAUUACAUUUUUAUGUUUGAAAUGUUUUCUUUGUUUUAAAAAAUAUGAACUAUGUCAAACCUACACUGUGUUCCAAUCCAGGGUUUUUGUUUAUUUAUUUUUUGUUUGGUUUGUGUAUUUUUUUAAAGAUUCAUGUUUCUGUAUAUAUAUAUUUCCCAUAUAAAUAUAAACCUGCUUUGGAAAUUUUGGGGGUUCAGGGCAAGUGGUAAAGAAUACACCACAGCAUUGAUGUGAAAACUGAUGGUCUUUCAGACGUAAUCCAUUCAGGUGGGACUAAAACUGUGGUGUAAUUGCAGCCAUUUGUUUCAAAUUUGUACAUUACAUCCAGCUUCACUAACUUUCAAGGAAAAUAAUUACGUUAAGAAACCAACAUUUUCUAUUCCAGCUGAUCUUGCAUACUAAAAUUAUGUUGAUCUCAACAUACAGAAAUGGACCUGCUGCUUUUAAACUGUUUGAAGAAGCAAAGGAAAUUUCAUCUUAAAAUUCGUACACGGAAAUAAUUUAAAGCUUCAUGAAUUACGCAUUUCCUUAAUUAGUUUCUUCUCUUUCUUAAAUAAGUUGUAACAUCAAAGAUGCCAAAGGGUAAUAUAAGCUACAAUAAUAUUCAACAGAACUUAAUCUUGACGUUAUGUUCUAAUAAUUUAUUCAAAUUAACUGUAUUCUUCUGUAUUUAUAUUUUCAGUAUUUAUUAUGAAUGAUAUGGAAUUUGAUGUAUUUAUUGUGGCUUAUUACUGCAGCGUAUAUAUUACAGAAAUGAGCAUUUUUAAGUCUUAACAUUAGUUCUUUUUGUUAACUAGUGGCACUCGUAUUGGCUGUAUUUUUAUUAUAUAUUGUACAAUAUAUAUUGUCCAUUUGUUUGCAAUGAAGUAAAACAGGUUUCUACGUUACAUCAUGGCUGCCAGUGCAUUGUGCAUCUUAUUUCUGCUAAGCAGUCACCAGACAUUCCUCUCUUGUCUAGCACAGUCAGGAUUAGCACUGCACCUCCUUCCCAGGGCUGCAGAGACCCUCAAGAAGCUCUGUGAAAUUUCUAGCAUUUCUCCCAUACCUCACAGUCUGAGAAUAUAAGAAACUGUUUCAGCUGUGGGGGUGUUUUGUAUUUUAUAUAGUUUUAAGACUUAGCGUAUAAAUGCUAAAGGAAUCCACACAAAUGGUUUGUUUGGUAUUUCUGUUUGUGACACUAAUACUCACACUUUGGCGAGUGGAAGAAACUGGAUGAUUCUUCUGCAGACACCACGAUGAAUUUAAUCGUUCUGCUUUGGAGUUAAUGAAAGAACAGUUGUUUGGGGGUAGUGGGGGGAAGGCAACAGCUCCCUCUGGUGGUCGAUUUGCAGAAAUGUCAACGGCUCUAAUGGCCUCGUAGCCGUACUAGUAAAUAGCAAGGCAACUGCUUUAUUAUUCCGAAAGCUGCUGAUCAAUAUUGCUUCAUUAUGGAAAUAAUUAACAACAUGGUUCUGUGCCAUCUUUUCAUUCCAAUACUUAAAAUCGCGCUCUACGUUUGUGAAAGGUAAGUUGACAGUAAGUGCAGUGACACAUGGCAUAGAGCUGAAUGAUUUGUAUUUGCAAAAAUGGAUAAAGAUUAGUUGUCCUCUGUUAUAUAUCAUUAAAAAAAAAA